AUGGUCGAUUAUUCGUUGUAUCUCGUUACUGGACGAGAGUUGCUCCCUCAGGGAAAGGACUAUCUUGUCUCACUAGAAGAGUCCCUACAAGGUGGCGUCACAAUUGUACAAGUCAGGGAGAAGCAUAUAGACACCCUUGAGUUCUUGGAGAUCGCCCAGAAGACCAAACUCUUAUGCAACAAAUACAACGUCCCCCUCAUCAUCAAUGAUAGGAUAGACAUCGCACUAGCGGUUCAAGCGGAUGGCGUUCACCUCGGUCAGACCGACAUGCCUAUUCAUAUCGCUCGUAGUCUUCUCCCACCUGGCACCAUCCUCGGCGUCUCAUGUAACACCAAAGAACAUGUCCAGAAGGCCAUCUCAGACGGUGCUGACUACGUCGGAAUCGGUGCCGUUUGGGGCACCUCAACAAAGCAACUAACUAGUCCCGUUAUCGGUGUAAGGGGGGUGGGACAAAUCCUGAAAACUCUCGAUGGCACCAACGUCAAGGGCUCGUUUAUAGGUGGCAUCAAAUCAGCUAACGCGUUGAGGACUCUCCAUGGAUCUGUCUCGACGACAGGUCACGUUUUGGACGGUAUCGCUGUCGUUUCCGAUAUCGUCGCUUCCACCACACCAUUCCACGCUGCGCAAAAUCUAUCUAGUAUCCUUGGCGCAUUCAAUCGCAACAUCACUUUACGUGUCGAUCAACGUUAUGAUGCUACGUCUAGUCACAUCAUAGACAAGAUAAAAAACGGUGUGUGCAAUCUUAUGCAAACCAUCAAGAAAACUAGUCCUCUCAUACAUCAAAUUACGAACGUUGUUGUCACCAACCAAUCUGCCAAUGCGACCCUUGCGCUUGGAGCGAGUCCCAUCAUGGCCACCGCGCCCGAAGAGAUGUACGACCUUAGUCUCGCAAUUGGCGCCCUCCUCAUCAACUUUGGGACUGUGAAAGACAAAGAGGGGAUGAUACUCGCGGGUCAAUUCGCCAACGCUUCUCAAAAACCAGUAGUAUUUGACCCUGUGGGCGUAGGCGCUACUCAAUUCAGAAAGCGCACUGCUGCGGAACUCUUGAACACAUGGCAGGCGAGUGUUAUAAAGGGAAAUGCGGCCGAACUAGGAGCAUUGGCUGAUUCGAAAGAGGUCCAAGCUAAAGGUGUGGAUAGUGUCGGAGGAGGAUUUCUUGAUCCAGCCGGUUUUGUGAAGGAGCUGGCGAAGAAGGAGAGAUGUGUCAUUGUGUUGACAGGAAAAACCGACUGGAUAUCAGACGGAACGACGGUUGUGAAAUUGGAUAACGGACAUGAAAUUCUUGGUGAUAUUACCGGCUCAGGGUGUCUGGUCGGCACUUGCGUGGCCGUGUUCUGUGGGGGUGCAUGGGCGGAGGCGGUUUCCCAUGAAGGCAAUGGGGCAUUAAAUCAGGACCCGAGUGGACAGUUGGUGAAGGGCGACAUGUUAUUGGGUGCGAUAAGCGGCGUAUUAGCGCUCACGAUAGCAGCAGAACUGGCUGUCGAGAGGAGCGAUGUACACGGCUCUGGGACCUUCUUACCAGCAUUGAUCGACGAACUAUAUCAUUUGACGCCGCAGGAGAUAAUUGAAAAAGCCAAAAUAGAGGUAGUCUCAUAA